CCUGCAUCUGAGGACCCUAUCGCGUUAGACUGUGCUGUUCCAAUUAACACGACAGAAAAGGCAAAUAAAGCGCGUAAUAUAUUAUCAGAGCAGUGGGGAAAUCAGUUUUGUAUUGUUCUUAUUUUUUUAAGAAUAGGUUAUCGGACUGCUCGAUAACCCUAUACUACAGGCGAUCGCUUUGGAUUACUACGUUUCUUUCUGGUCAAGAUGGCGGGUGACGAGUCAGGAGUAACGCUAGGGCAGCCCCAUCUUUCUAAGCAAGAUCUCCGCACUUUGGAUGUGACCAAAUUGACUCCCCUUUCUCCAGAAAUCAUCAGCAGGCAAGCCACAAUUAACAUCGGUACAAUUGGCCAUGUAGCUCACGGAAAGUCUACAGUGGUGAAGGCUAUCUCAGGCGUUCAUACCGUCAGAUUCAAAAAUGAGCUGGAGAGGAACAUUACUAUAAAACUCGGCUACGCUAAUGCAAAGGUGUACAAAUUAAAUGAUCCCAGUUGCCCGCGGCCUGAAUGCUACAGAUCCUGUGGCAGCAGCACUCCAGAUGAGUUCCCCACAGAUCUCCCUGGCACUAAAGGGAAUUUUAAACUAGUCAGGCACGUGUCUUUCGUGGACUGUCCCGGGCACGACAUUCUGAUGGCGACCAUGUUGAACGGCGCAGCGGUCAUGGAUGCAGCUCUUCUGUUGAUAGCUGGCAAUGAGUCCUGCCCUCAGCCUCAGACCUCGGAACACCUUGCAGCCAUUGAAAUCAUGAAACUGAAACACAUUCUGAUUCUGCAGAACAAAAUCGAUCUGGUUAAAGAAAGCCAAGCCAAGGAGCAGUAUGAACAGAUCCUUGCAUUCGUGCAGGGCACAGUUGCAGAAGGAGCCCCUAUUAUCCCCAUCUCUGCCCAGCUGAAAUACAACAUAGAGGUCGUGUGCGAGUACAUUGUAAAGAAGAUCCCAGUUCCUGUGCGAGACUUCACCUCAGAACCAAGGCUUAUUGUAAUUCGAUCGUUUGAUGUCAACAAGCCUGGUUGUGAGGUUGAUGACCUCAAAGGAGGGGUAGCAGGAGGCAGUAUACUGAAAGGAGUGUUGAAGGUUGGGCAGGAGAUUGAAGUCAGGCCUGGCAUUGUCUCCAAGGACCAUGAAGGCAAACUCAUGUGCAAGCCAAUCUUCUCCAAGAUCGUCUCGCUGUUCGCAGAACACAAUGACCUGCUCUACGGUGCACCUGGGGGUCUUAUCGGUGUUGGCACGAAGAUCGACCCGACGCUGUGCCGUGCGGACCGAAUGGUGGGGCAGGUCCUGGGAGCCGUGGGGGCGCUGCCUGAGAUCUUCACAGAGCUGGAAAUCUCCUACUUCCUGCUCCGACGACUGCUCGGCGUGCGUACAGAGGGGGACAAAAAGGCAGCCAAGGUCAGUGAGGAGAGCAGGGCUCUUCACAUCGUUUCUGUGUCUGUUUAAAUGCAGGGAUGGAAU